GGCCUGUUGGAUCCUUCACAAGACUACGAUCAAUGGUAAACGACUUCCUGGCUGGUGCGUACUCUCCAAGGAGCGGGGUGUUGAUCAUUUGAAUAGAGGGUUCUGUUUUUCAGGCCAUGAGAUAUGUAAAUCGGUGCUCGGUUGUUUGGUUCUGCGUUUCACUCUUUGCUCCUUUAUGCUUUUUCGUCUCCCAAAUACAGCAAAGUGCGUGUACCUCUCACUCUAGCGAGGAGAUACUUGGGACACCUGUCGUUGGUAGAGCCACUGCAUGGUGCAUGUGCGAAUCCUAAGGUUGCAAUUGCUGCAACGGGCUGACUGGCCUUAUUACUUUGCCCUCCUGUGAGAUCCGGACCAUCUGAGAAACCUUCUUGAACAAGGGUGGGGUGGGUUUUCUUCAAGUUGAGGAAAUGUGUAGAGUAGACCGACCCUUCUCUGUUCUAUUACACCGGAAGUCACUUUUGAUUCGGUUGGCAUGUCUUGAUAGAUUGGUGGCUGGCAUCAUGUAGAACCCCCUUCUGCUUCUCGACAAGGCAAAAGUGGGGGCUGCCUUGCAGUAUGCACCUGUGUCUUGAAAAGAAAUGCGGGUACCAAUGUGGCAACAAAUGUUGUGAUGAGUGUGGUGACCAGUGGAGUGACACCGAGGAAGCGACUCUGGUGAAGCUCUUAGGCGGAAGGUUAAUCUCGCGAAGUAAGGUGGGGAAGCCAUGGUUUUGAUGGAUUGUUGGUAGAUAUAAAUUUAUGUCUUUCUAGAUGAACAGGAGGGGCAGUAAGGCAAGGCUUAAAGGCAUGGAGGGGGGGACUUUUUGGUGAGCAGGGUGUGGAGGGGAAAGGGUUGUGGUGAGCAGGGAGUGGGAUAGGGGGAAGGGUUGCGGUGAGCAGUGUGUGGGAUAGGGGAAGGGUUGAGGGGGAGAGCAAGGGCUGCGGGACUCGGACUGACGUCGAUGAGCAGCGGGAGUGCGUGACAAGGCUAGGCGAAACGUUUUGGUGACUCGGUUGUGAAAGACGGGGUGGGGGCGGGGGGGGGGGGGGGGGGGGGGGGGGGGGGGGGGCUGAGGGGGCUGAGGGCAUCAGAUGGAGACUUUGUUGGCAGGGGGAAGUCAUAUGUACAUUGGAAGGUGUUGUUGGAAAUGAUUAUGGGAGAUUGGCACGGGCUGCUGCUCAUUAAAUUGGGUGUGUGGGUCUACUGGUGGGUGAAGGAUCUCCCAAGCUGUUUUGUGAAAGGGAUUGGUUUUCCGUUCUGUCAUCAUCGCCCUAUAUGGCGGAUGUUACAUCAUUGUUGAGUACAGGCGUUCUCCGGAACCUCUCUGACAAGGCGUACGAGAAACGAAAGAAUGCGGCUUUGGAGGUCGAAAGCGUUGUGAAGACGCUUGCAAACAACAACGAUCACGAAAGGAUUUCGCACGUGAUUACAGUUCUGAUCAAUGAUUUUGCGAUAUCAACCUCGUCCGCAAAUCAUAGGAAGGGCGGACUCAUCGGGCUUGCUGCGGCAACUGUGGGAUUGGCUGCGGAGACGAACCAGCACUUAGAGAGGAUAGUGCCGCCCGUUUUGAAGGCGUUCGCGGACCAGGACAGCCGUGUUCGGUACUAUGCGUGUGAGGCCCUGUACAAUAUCGCGAAGGUUGCACGAGGGGAUUUUAUCGUCUUCUUCAAUGAGGUCUUCGAUGCGUUGUGUAAAUUGUCCGCCGACACGGAUCCGAACGUCCAAAAUGCGGUGCAUUUACUCGAUCGGCUUGUCAAGGAUAUUGUUACCGAGAGCGACCAAUUUAGCAUCGAACAGUUCAUACCCUUGCUCCGGGAACGGCUGAGUAUGAUCAACCCGUACGUCAGGCAAUUCCUGGUGGGAUGGAUCACGGUCUUGGACAGCGUCCCGGAGAUCGAUAUGCUGGGUUUUCUACCGGACUUCCUCGAUGGAUUGUUCAAUAUGUUGACAGAUUCCAACCACGAGAUCCGACAGCAGGCAGACACUGCGCUGUCGGAGUUUCUCGCGGAGAUCAAGAGUGCACCCUCGGUGGAGUACGGGAGGAUGGCGGAGAUUCUGGUGAAGAGAGCGGCGUCAAACGACGAGUUUGCACGACAGACGGCCAUGAUCUGGAUUUCGGAGUUUGUGAAGCUCGCCAAGGAGUCGUUAGUGCCGUACUAUGACAAGAUACUUGGGGCCGUGUUGCCGUGCAUAUCGGACAGGGAGGAUAAAAUUAGGCUUUUUGCGAGCGAAACCAAUUCAGCAUUGAGGGACUUCAAACCGGAACCUGCCGAUGGGUUUGACGUUGGAGCUGUCUUGACUGUUGCUCGGAAAGAACUAGAAAAAAGCGAACAUGAAGCCACACGGCUGGAAGCGUUGCAGUGGAUUGCUGUGUUAUUGGAAAGGCAUCGCACGGAAGUGUUAUCGUUUCUGGAUGUGAUAUUUCCCGCUUUGCUCCAGUCGUUGUCCGACAAUUCCGAUGAGGUGGUCAUGCUGGUGCUUGAGGUCCAGGCAUGCAUCGCGAGGGAUACCCAGGAGUUCCGCCGCUUGAUGGUUUUUCUUAUGUUGCGGUUCAAUCAGGAACGGGGGUUGCUAGAGAGGCGCGGCAGCUUAGCACUGCGAAGGUUGUGCGCUUUGCUUGACGCAGAGAGGGUUUAUCGGGAACUUGCACAGAUUCUAGAAGCAGAGGCUGACCUGGAGUUUGCGAGCAUCAUGGUGCAGGCAUUGAAUCUCAUCCUCUUGACAGCAACAGAGCUGGCUGGCUUGCGGGCACUUCUGAAACAGACUUUGUUCAGCACCGAAGGCAAGGACCUCUUUAACACUCUGUACCCUUCAUGGUGUCAUUCUCCUGUUGCCACAAUAAGCGUUUGCCUUCUCUCGCAGGCUUACUCACACGCUAGCGCUGUUAUAUCCAGUCUUGGGGAGACUGACAUAGAUGUCAAUCUUCUAGUUCAGCUCGAUAAGCUCGUUCAGUUGCUUGAGACACCUAUAUUCGCUUACUUGAGGUUACAGUUGUUAGACCCAUCCAGGAACGCUUCCUUGAUGAAGACUCUCUAUGGGAUUCUCAUGCUCCUCCCACAGCAAAGCAAUGCGUUCAAGAUUCUGCGCACCAGGCUGAAGAGCGUCCCUACCCAGAUGCUUCUUCAGAGUGCUCCGCCGGUGCAUCCCCCGGAACAGUCGUCAGCACCGUCCGCUCCAGUGACUUUGCAUCCCAUACCCCUGAUCCGCCGAGCAUCUCCUGCACAAAUGCUUUCCCACGAGUCGUCGCAAGCAAUUCAUGCUAAUCCAGAGGACGGUAGCACGCUGGGCGCCGAUUUGACGAAUGGCCUGCCAGCCAUCCACUUUGCGCAGAAGCUGAAGCAGUUCGAUCACACACAAGCACAGCAUCGCGCACACCGGCAGGCACAGUUGAAAGCGCAGGUGCAGUCGCAGGUACAGCAUAGAAUCUACAUGAUGCCCGCAAGGAUGGCGCAGAUGCAAUUGCCGGAAGUGCAAAUGCAGAACGGGCAGAGGGCGGAUGAGGGGCUGAUGAUGGAUAGGCGUGGCAGGGGUCAUUCCUUAGUGGAGAGGGGUGUUAGGGGCGCGUCUCGACCAACGUGGCGAAUUAGUAAUUGAAUCGUUUUCUUGCCGACUCACUUCGAUCCCUUAUCAAGCAUGUUAAAAUUUCUUCUAGCUUCCUCAUGAAUUGGUAAUCUGCCUUCGUCCUCUGUGCCAUCUCCGCAGGAAGUUCUUUUCUCAUUGUCAUGUGUAUCCUCCAUUCCAUCCUUCUCUAGGCAUCAGCACAUUCCUUGAUCCCCCUUGCAUAAGUACCAUAGCUGUAACAGGCAGUUGUGGUCAGUUGUUUGUUGCUCACCCGAAUCAUUCGAAGCUUUGUUGCCUUAGCCUGCUCCUUUCUCACUCGUUAUGGUAUUCUGAGAAUGCUCCCCUCCCCUUGUCAUUCCUCUCUCUCUCUCUCUCUCUCUCUCUCUCUCUCUCUCUCUCUCUCUCUCUCUCUCUCUCUCUCUUGUUCGCUCGCUCUCGCUCUCGCUCUCUUUGUGCAUGUGUGAUCUUCCUCUUUUCGCUUAGCCUGCAUGCACUCUCAAGCCUUUGGUCGGUGUGUCUAUUUUCUGUUGAGCUCACGAUGACAGAAGCCUUCACUCUGUUGAUUGAUUCUUCCUCUCCCUUUGAUUGUUCGCUUAUUCCGGAGACAUGCAUAUGCCACAUUUGUGAGAUUAUGCCGCUAGCAUUUGACUGGUUUCAUUUUAUGUACACCACAAAGUAUCGUACCUAUACAUUUAGAGAGAAUGAUUAAAUGAAGAGGGUGGUAGUUUGGCAGAUGAAUAGAACUCGGUUAUUGACCUAACCGCGAUCGGUUGACUCCGGUUUCUCGUCACGGAAAAACUGCAGUUUGCAGCUCAGUCAUGGAAUGUUCGACGACUUCAUUUCAUGUUCGUGCUCCUUGAAAGUGGGGGCUACGACAGGAUAUGGUAGGACUGACAGAGAGGUUGAGCUGGGGUUAAGGGAAGCAGGGGUUUGGAGGGGGGGAGGUAAGCUGGAGGAGAGGGUGAACAGAGGAGGAGGGAGGGGGAGGGGCAGGGAGGGAAGGGGCAGGGAGGGGUGAUCCAGAUUUCCAAGGGACUGUUAUGGAGAGGGGACUGUGAUGGAGAGGGGACAGUUACGGAGAGGAGGCAGCGAAAUCGAGUACCCAUUCUUGCCUGAGAGAUGAGUUGUAUAAUGCAGCUUCACAUUGUUGAAUGCUGACAGCAGGUUGUGUUUAAGUUCUAACUUCUAUAUUUGUAUUUGGGUUACCUUGACUUAGUUCCAUGGUCAUCACGUCAGGAACGGAACAUUUUUUUUUUUUUUUUUUUUUUCUUGAGCACUUGUGCUCUUGUAUUCAUCAUCUUGUUAACAGCUCUCAAUGAAAGCCUUUCAUGGGU